GCGGAAGUAAAUAGUCGCCAUGGCAUGUUAGCUAGUGAGGAGGGAUAAAGUAGCAAGUAAAGCGUGGAUGCUCCUGAAGUUUAACGGAUAAAAAUAAUUUACAACUUCCAGAGUUAGUUGGUUGAACGUUGAUAAAUAAUAGACUCGUUCCUUGUGCACUUCCAUGACAAAUGCAUUACGAGAGCUGAGGAAUCGUGCAGCACGUUAGGGGCCUGGAAAAGACGUUUGCUAACUAGCUAGCUAACCUAGCUAACGUUAACGCGGAUGAAGUUCAGCUAACGUCGCUUUUAGCACCACAGCCUAGCCAAAGAUCACUCAAGUGUCUGCUAUCGUUUUAAACAAGCAAGUAAUAUCGCCCCAAGAGGGGUUAACUCUGGCCGCGGUGGAGGGAAAGUUCGGCUGGAUAAAAUGAUCAUUGAAAACCUUGAUGCCUUGAAAACAUGGCUGUCUGAAACCCUUGAGCCCAUCUGUGAUGCAGACCCUUCUGCCCUCGCAAAGUAUGUUGUUGCUUUGGUGAAGAAGGAUAAAAGUGAAAAGGAACUCAAAGCCCUGUGUAUAGACCAGUUGGAUGUAUUUCUUCAGAAAGAAACCCAGCCAUUUGUGGAUAAGCUGUUUGAAGCUGUUAACAACAAAAGCUACCUCCCACAGCCUGAGCAACCAUCCUCUCUGGGCAAAGUAGAGAAAGAUGAGCAGAAGAAAGAUGAGACAAAUCGGGAGGAAGAACGAGAGAAGAAGUUUUCUCGACGAGUGAAUCACAGCCCUCCACAAUCAAGCUCUCGUUACAGUCGAGAUAGCAGGAGAGGAGAUGACCGGAAGAGAGAUGAUCGUUCCAGGAAGAGAGAUUAUGACCGCAACCCGCCAAGGAGAGACUCGUACCGCGAUCGCUACAAUCGCAGGAGAGGCCGCAGUCGCAGUUACAGUCGUAGUCGCAGCAGGAGUUGGAGCAAAGAUCGCAUCCGAGACCGCGACAGAGAGAGGGACAGGGAUAGAGACAGAGACAGGGACAGAGAUAGGGAUCGAGAUCGCAGCAGGAGCCGCUCCCACAGCAGAACUCGGUCCAGAAGCAGGAGUAGAGAACGAGAUCCUGGAAAAUUGAAGUACGAUCACGAUCGAGUGGACAGGUCAGAGAGUGGUGACGGCUACUCCGCAGCAGCUCUGGUCUCCACUGCAACCACUUCGCACUUCCCAGUGCCAACACUGAGCAGCACCAUUACAGUCAUCGCCCCCACACAUCAUCAUAGCAACAACACCACUGAGAGUUGGUCAGACUUCCGUCCUGAGCACCCUGUGGAUCGUGGCCCUUUUAUUAGGGGACCACCCCCCCAGCAGAGGAAGCGAUGCCGUGACUACGAUGAAAAGGGCUUCUGCAUGCGAGGCGAUAUGUGUCCUUUUGACCAUGGAAGUGACCCAGUUGUAGUGGAAGAUGUCAAUUUGCCCAGUAUGUUGCCCUUCCAACCUCCGCCAAUCCCAGGUGUGGACGCACCGCCACCACCAGGGCUCCCACCGCCACCACCUCUCAUGAACCCCCCACCUGUGAACCUGCGGCCCCCUGUGCCCCCACCAGGCGCCCUCCCACCCAGCCUUCCACCUGUUGCAGGUCCCCCUCCUCCGCUUCCUCCACUACAACCAUCGGGCAUGGAUGCACCUCCCAAUUCCAUUACCAGCUCUGUUCCCACUAUCGUCACCUCUGGGAUGCGCUCCUCACUACCCCAGGCCUCAGCGCCACUUUUCACCUCCGGUAUUUGCUACAACUAUGAGUCAGAUGUGUACAAUCCUGAGGCUCCCAGCAUCACUAAUACCUCCAGGCCUAUCUACCGCCACCGCGUCAAUGCCCAGAGACCCAACCUGAUUGGACUCACAAUGGGGGAGGUGGACCAGCCACAGAGAGAAAAGAUUCCUAACAACAGUAUGCGGAUCGUUAUGGAAUCUGAUUCAAGGAAGAGACCAGCUGUCUCCCAUGAUGGAGGCCUCCCCUCCAAGAAACCUUGGUUUGACAAACCCAACUUUAACAAACCCAACCACCAGGGCUACCACAAAAGAGCCCCAUUCUUUCCUAACACCAAGCUGCUGGUUCGGCAAAUUCCACCUGAGCUCAACAACAUCAGCAAACUCAAUGAACAUUUCAGCAAGUUUGGCACCAUCGUCAACCUGCAGGUGGCCUUCCAAAAUGACCUAGAAGGGGCAUUGAUCCAGUUUGCCUCUCCAGACGAGGCCAAGCGGGCUAUGCAAAGCACAGAGGCUGUUCUCAACAACCGCUUCAUCAGAGUGCACUGGUUCCGUGAUGAUGGGAGCGAUGGACAGGGCCAGUCCCACUCACACUCACAGCAGCAACCGCAGCCACAGCCAGCCAUGCAGCCCUCAACCACGUCUCUGAAGCAGUCUGUCAAAGAUCGCCUUGGACCAAUGCUCCCUGCAAACUCUGAGCCCUCCCAAGACUCCAGCUUAGUCUCUCAGAAUCCUUCUAAAGUGUCAGUGAAAGACCGUUUGGGAUUUUCUUCCAAACCUGCAGCUCCUGUCGAAAAAGUGUUUUCAACAUCUGUGGGCCUCACAAAGACUGUAUACAAUCCUGCUGCCCUGAAGGCAGCCCAAAAAACCUCAGAGGAAGCACUGAAGAAGAAACAGGAAGCCCUAAAACUACAGCAGGAUGUCCGGAAGAAGAAGCAGGAAAUAUUGGAGAAACACAUUGAGACACAGAAGCUUCUGAUAUCCAAACUUGAGAAGAACAAAGCAAUGAAAGCAGAGGAUAAAGCCAAGAUCAUGGAAACUUUGGGAAUGUUAACCAAGAGCAUCACCAAGCUUCAAGAAGAGAUAAAGGGAAUCUCAAGCAGCAACAACUUGCUACGCACCGGCAAGAGCAAGGCUCAGGCACAAAAGGAACUGCUGGAUGCAGAACUGGACCUUUACAAGAAGACCCAGGCCGGAGAGGACACUGCUUUGUUGAAGAUUAAGUACACCCAGCUGCAAAUUGAGGCAGCUAAAAGGGGACUUCUGUCUUCAGGACGAGGCCGGGGGGUUCCGGCUCGGGGUCGUGGUGCGCUCAGGGCCCGGGGAAGGGGCUCCAGAGGACGGGGAAGAGGUGUGCCACUGCAUGCAGUCGUGGACCAUCGACCACGAGCCUUGGAGAUUUCUGGGUUCACUGAGACGGACAGAGUAGACUUGCUACCACACUUUGCUCAAUUUGGAGAGAUUGAAGACUGCCAGAUUGAUGAGAGCAACCUGUCUGCAGUCAUCACUUAUAAGACAAGAGCGGAGGCUGAACAGGCAGCUCUCCAUGGAGUGAGAUUCAACAAUCAGACUUUACGCCUGGCGUGGCAUAAGCCUGUCACAACUCUCAGUACUGUGGAUGCUGAUGAGGCAGAACCAGAAGAGGAUGAGUACCCGGAAGAGUCCCUGAGUGACGAUGCACUGCUGCAGGAUGAUGAUGAGGAAGAGGAUGACAACGAGCCUCGCUCCUGGCGCAGAUGAAGAUCGGUCAGAUGCUGCUCCCUGGGUGCCCUGGUGUGGAAGACGAGCAACAAUCCAGCAACUUCAUAAGAUAUCAAUGCCUGUUUAUAAAUCAACAAGGCACAUUUCACUUUGGCAAGAGUUUUUUUUCCCUCACAAAUAUGUAACUGGCAAAAGAACCAUCUGUGAGUUUAAUUAAUUUUAAUGUGUGUACCAGAGGCAACAAUGGUGAAUUUUUUUAAUGCUCUUAAUGUAGAAAUAGUUCUGUUUUUUUUUUUCCAUUUUUCUUUUUCUUUUUUGGGUUCACGAAACACAAAUAGUUUGUCUGCACAUGUGACAGGCGAUCACUUAAAGACACAUUUGUUGAACUCUCAGUUUAAGAAAACAAAACCUGUGUUGUAAUUUAACAGAAGACAGACUGUAGCUUUUGCAGAAUAGUAUUAGGUUGAACUGGUUUAAAUGCUCCUGUGUAAAUAUUUUAUGUCUGGGUUUAAAGGAUUUGUAUGAAAGCUUGGCUUCUCAGUUCUUGGCUUUACUUUGGAUUGUACAAAAAAUAAAGAAUUGAAAUGGUCUGAAAAUAUCCUGCCAAAAAGAAAAAAAAAGAAAAAAAAGACCAAAAAAAUGUGGCAGUGAAAAAGAAGACUCCUAAAAGAGCUGAAAAAAGACCAUUUCAAAAAACAAAAAAAAAACCUU